CCUGAUGAAGCAGUAGUAUAUGGGGCAGCGGUCCAAGCCGGAAUAUUGAAUAAGAAUCAUGGUACCGACGGUAUUUUGUUGCAUGACAUCUAUCCUAUGACGCUUGGUGUCUAGGCCCCAGGUGGGAAAAUGGCUGCAAUCAUAAAACGUAACACACCUUUACCACACAUUAAUAGUACUAUAGCCACAACUGCAGAAGACAACCAACCAAAUGUCGAAGUAAAAGUAUACAGAGGCGAAAACUCACUUACUAAAGACAACGAGUUCAUGGGGAAGUUUGUAUUGUCCGAAAUACCAAGUCUUCCUAAAGGAGAACCUCAAAUCAAUGUGACAUUCGAAAUUGAUGUUGAUGGUACACUUACCGUCAAAGCAGUUGACCUAAGUCCACAACAAGGUUGGUGGUCGAAACAAGGUUUAUCGCAAAGUAUGGUUCUUAAGGAUGGUUUAAAUAAAUUAUCUUCAUCUGAAGUAUCACAGAUGAGAAAAAGAAUUAGACCCUAUAUAGAAAACGAAAAGAAGCGCAAAGAGAAAUUAAACAUCAUUGACGAAUUAGAAAGAGUUAUUUAUACAUGCCAUUAUAUCGUUCAAGAGAAAAUAGGUUGGGUAAAUGAUAUGUCGUCUUCAGUUUCUACUGCAGAAAUACUACAACAGCUGUUAGAUUUGAAAAAACGUAUACAGAAAACAGCAAACAUAAGUGCUUCAAGAAUCAGUACUCCAAGCAGUAACAUAUAUUUAGAAAAUAUUGAUAUAAGGGAGGAACUUGAGGAACACGUUUACACUUUGCGAUAUAUCAUACAAAUAAAUAUGGACUGGCUGGAAAAAAAUCAAGAUGCAACUUGGGCAGACCUGCUUUACCAGAAAAAUCGUUUUUUCGACUUUGCCAAAGAAACAAUUGAUGAAUUGAGUUUUACAACAAAUUUGGUGACAUAACGAACAUCAAUGUGCUUAUCAUUUUGAGGUUUAGAAUAAUUUAUAAUCCUGCUAUUCUGCACGUGGUUUUGAGGUCCAUUGGGUCUCUUCAUCAGUACAAUGAUGUUAUUUAUCAUAUAUUGUUUUUUUAGUGUAAAUUCACAUUGCGAUAAGACGUGUCGCGGCGCUUGUCUAUUCCAAAUUCAUUUAUUUGGUUUUGAUGUUAUGUUUGUUAUUCUCGUGGGAUUUUGUCUGAUGCUUGGUCCCGAUUUUGUUUUUUGUCCAUGGAUUUGUGGGUUUUGAACAGAGGUAUGCUACUGUUGCCUUUAUUUAUUUUGACGUGUUGAGACUAUUGAUAUCAUGUUCGCGUUUAACACGUAAAACAUGAAACGUUAAGGUAAAGUAACAGACUUAGAUAUAAUUAUAUACAUGUAUCGGUAUAAGGUAGACACGCAAAUAAUACACGCGUGUUCAUCGGAACUCCAUUAUUAUAUGCCUGCUAUCAAAUAUUUGGCAAGCUAAAAAGUAAAACCGUCUCCCGCCCCCACUCUCCCUUCUCACACCCCCUCUCCCCCAUGCUCCCAAUACCCUGUCCAGGCCCUCCAAAAUAUCAAAUUGAACUACACGGAUAAAUUCUUCUACGCUUAUUUUUUACAGCAAGAAUUUUUUCGCUUUGUUUUUUGUACACUUAAUUAAUUGCAUUAACUGCUAUUACACAAAUAAUACAUAUAUGUCGGGCCGGGUGACCCGGUUGGCUUUUUUAUGGUGAUAACUUUUCGCGGGUAUUUGAAAACAAUGGGUGUCUAUGACUGGUAUUCAUCAUAAACUUUUUGAUAUAAAGAUUUCUGUUGAAAGUAUGUAGCUGUUAUUGAACUAAAAGUGGUGCACGAAGUAUAUGUAUUUUUGUAUAACUCAGUUGUGUGUUAUUUAC